AAAAGUGUUAUUUUGUCUCUGCCCACCUCCUAGUGGCGCUACUGGAAAACCGUACACGUAAAGGUUAGGUUAUAUCAUCAUAACCUAAAAUUCUAACUCUCGGCGAGUGGAAAUUUGCAUCGCAUUUCUCUAUUUAUUAUUCUUUGAACGGAAAAGUACAUACGUGGGCCAUAAGAAGAGAAGCGCUUGUAACAUACAUCAUGGCGUUUUUAUUUUAUGGAAAACUUUCCAAUAUCUCUUUGUUGAAAACAUUUAGUUAUCUUUCCAACACGGAAUUGAUCUUAAAUGGGAAACGAUCGGGGAUAUUGCAAUUUGCCGCACUAACAAACACUGGAAAGCGUUUUUAUGCAACCGAAAAAAAGGUAUAUCAAAGGACAAAACCUCACUGUAACGUUGGAACUAUUGGACAUGUUGAUCAUGGUAAAACGACACUUACGGCUGCCAUCACCAAAGUUCUUUCUGAUCAGAAAUUGGCAGAAGCGAAAAAAUAUUCGGAUAUCGACAAUGCGCCUGAGGAAAAAGCGAGAGGCAUUACAAUCAAUGUUGCGCACGUCGAAUAUCAAACUUCGGCACGGCAUUAUGGCCACACAGACUGUCCCGGUCACGCGGAUUACAUUAAAAAUAUGAUAACCGGAGCUGCUCAGAUGGACGGUGCCAUCUUAGUAGUGGCGGCUACGGAUGGAGUAAUGCCUCAAACACGAGAACAUUUAUUAUUAGCGAAACAGAUCGGUGUCAAUCACAUAGUAGUUUUUAUAAACAAAGUAGACGCAGCUGACGCCGAAAUGGUUGAAUUGGUAGAAAUGGAAAUAAGGGAAUUAAUGUCCGAAAUGGGAUUUGAUGGUGAUAAUGUACCCGUUAUUAGCGGCUCUGCACUUUAUGCAUUAGAUGGAAAAGAACCGGAGGUGGGCUCAAAAGCGAUUUUAAAAUUACUAGACGAAGUCGAUAAAUAUAUACCCACACCGACACGUGAGUUGGACAAACCAUUCCUGUUGCCAGUCGAGCAUGUGUACUCCAUUCCCGGCAGAGGUACAGUUGUUACUGGCCGAUUAGAACGUGGUGUCGUAAAAAAAGGGGCAGAUUGUGAAUUCGUGGGUUACAGUAAAACAUUUAAAAGCACCAUUUCCGGAAUUGAAAUGUUUCACCAGAUUCUCGAGGAGGCUCAAGCCGGAGAUCAAUUGGGUGCGUUGGUAAGGGGGGUAAAACGUGAUGAUGUUCGUAGAGGUAUGGUAAUGUGCAAACCUGGUUCUGUUAAAAGCAAUGAUCAUGUUGAGGCGCAAGUGUACAUCCUUAAUAAAGAAGAGGGUGGUCGUUCUAAACCGUUUACAUCAUUCAUUCAAUUACAAAUGUUCUGUCGAACGUGGGAUUGCUCUUGCCAAGUAUUCAUUCCUGAUAAAGAAAUGGUAAUGCCAGGUGAAGAUUCAAAAUUAAUAUUGAAAAUGAUUCGACCAAUGGUUCUUGAACAGGGACAAAGGUUUACUUUAAGAGAUGGAUCGUUAACAUUAGGUACAGGAGUCGUCACAAACGUUUUACCGCAACUUUCUGAGCAAGAAAGACAAACAAUUACGGAAGGAAAGAAAGCACGUGAAAAACGAAUGGCAACUCAAAAUACGAAAUAAUUUUUAAGGUUGUAGUUGUCGUACUAUGCUUGCAUGUAAUAAAUACAUACAUAAAUUC